AUGAUUGUCGCUUUCAUGGAAGAUAAGCAUGCGAAAUGGGAUGAACAUAUAGAGGAAUUCGCAUUCGCCUAUAACUCAGCCAUUCAUGAAGCUACUCGCUCAAGCCCUGCUUUCCUCAACUACGGGCGACAUCCAGCGCCCCCCUGCACAGUCCGACGCGAGGAGGAGCGUGCGGCGGUUCUACAAUUGGAGGCUACAGCCCGUGACGAAUGGCGCGACCGCAUGAAAAAACUCGUCGAAGUACGAGCUGGAGCUCUGGAAAAUAGCAAGGCCGCGCAGACGCGACAGGAAAAGUACUUUAACGACUGCCAUCGCGACGUCGUCUAUAAUGUCGGUGACAAAGUCUGGGAGAAAAAUCAUGUCCUCUCUUCGGCGGCUAAAGCCAUUGCCGCCAAACUCUGCCCAAAAUUCUGUGGUCCGUUCAUCGUGACUAAACGUUUGGGAAUGAAUUCCUACCUGCUCCAAUCAGAAAAUGGAGUAAAUAUUGAAAAAGUAGCUGUAAAUCAGCUUAAAAUAUGCAACGACAACGAACAAUUCCCCCACGACGCCUCCUCAGAAUCGGUAGACGACACAGAAGGGCAACAUAAUUUGGCUAUUCGGGAGAAGAACCCAGAGGCAGCGGGUCGUUCGGCGACUCAGGCCUCUACUACAGUGGCUACGCCUUCUCCUACAGCUGACCUGACUUCUCAGCCAGUUUCAAGCCAAGCUCCACCCGCCCAGGAGGCGGUAGCUCCACGUAAGAGAGGCAGGCCCCGUAAGUCCUGCCUAAAUCUACCGCCUGCGUGGCCACCAGUUAUACUUUCACCUCGCCGACUACGUUCGCGACACAAUCCCUCAUCGUAG